AUGUGCAAGUCUGUUGGGCCUCAACUACUCAUGCUUCUGGUCAGAGAUUGCUGGGAAAAGGACAUUGAGCAGAAGAUGUUUCCCGGUUACUCUAUAAAGAAAAGAAACCAAACAUCUGUUACAGAAUUUCUGCUGUCAGGUUUAGUUGAUAACCACAACCUAAAUGGUAUUUUCUUUGUAUUCUUUUUAUUCAUAUACUUAGUGACAUUAAUUUGCAAUAUUUCCAUGAUUUCUUUAAUUUGCUGCUCCUCUACACUUCGGAACCCUAUGUAUUUUUUUCUGGGCCAUCUUUCUUUCUCAGACAUCUGCUAUUCUUCUGUCAUCACUCCUAAAAUAAUUAGCAACAUGGUUUCCAGGCAAAUGGUUAUAUCCUUUAAUGGCUGUGCUGCUCAGCUCUUCUUUUUUUGCCUAUUUGGUGGUACUGAAUGUUUCCUUGUAACUGUAAUGGCAUAUGAUCGUUAUGUGGCAAUUUGUAAUCCUUUACUUUAUGUCAUGAUUAUGAGCAGAGAUCUUCUGCUGAAACUGGUUGGCAUUGUCUAUUCCAGUGGAUUCCUAUUGUCAGCAAUACAAACAGGCUGUACUUUUCGUCUGUCUUUCUGUAAUUCGAACCAUGUCAAACAUUUCUUCUGUGAUAUCCCCGCACUGCUGAAGCUGUCCUGUACUAAUACUUUUAUUAGUGAAAUCAUUAUGUUUGUGUUAUCUGGUCUUCUUGGAACCUUUUCUGUUUUCAUUAUUUUGAUUUCCUAUGCCAACAUAAUAUCUUCUAUACUGAAAAUGCAGUCAUCUGAGGGGAGGCACAAAGCAUUUUCAACGUGCUCCUCUCACCUUGCAGUAGUCACUUUAUUUUUUGGAACAGCUUUAUUUGUGUAUUCAAGGCCCAUUUCUAGCUAUUCAAUUCAGAAAGAUAAUAUCCUAUCAGUAUUUUAUACUGUAGUCAUUCCAAUGUUAAACCCAAUUAUUUAUUGUCUUAGAAAUGCUCAGGUCAAAGCUGCUUUUAUGAAAACAAUACCCAAAACAUUUGGUCAUGGUUUCAAUUAA